GACUCGCGCAGACACGGUUAACGAAGAAUCACGUCACGUGCGACCGGUCGUUCGUUCAGUAUAUACGUUGCGGACAAGUGUGGAUUCGAAGGCUUUGUGAUCAUAGGUGUUGAAAAUUGUUUGUGAAAACUGGAAAAAGGUGCGCUUGCCAGUCGGUGGCAACUAGUGGUGGAAAAUGUCCUGAUAAUGUGGAUCAGCGACCGCAGAUCGUAGCUAACACGUAGUACGUAGUACGUGACGAAGGAUAAACGCGAAAAACAGGGGCGACGUUCUGUCUAUCCUGCAAAUCGAAUUAUAGGGGUUGGAAUAGCAGACUGCCAGGAUUGGGAUAGGCUCUCGCGCACACACACGAAGGAAAGCACCAGUGAAAACAGCGAGUCCACGGUGCAGCAAAACAAAACAUGGCUGCGGAACGGGACUACAUCGGUUUCGCAACCCUCGCCGAGCAGGUGCACCGGAAAUCGGUCAAGCGCGGCUUCGAGUUCACGCUGAUGGUUUGCGGUGAAAGUGGUCUCGGCAAAUCGACUCUGGUCAACAGUCUCUUCCUGACGGAUCUCUACCAGAACCGGACGGUUCCGCAGAUCGAAGAGCGGCCGGAGAAGACGACCAAGAUCGACAAGAAAACGUUGGAUAUCGAGGAGAAGGGUGUGAAGCUGCGGUUGACCAUCGUCGAUACACCCGGCUUUGGGGAUUCGAUCAACUGCGAGGAGAGUUGGCGCGUCUGUACCCAGUACAUUGACGAACAGUUCCGGCAGUACUUCACCGACGAGAGCGGCCUCAAUCGGCGGAACAUUCAGGAUAAUCGUGUUCAUUGUUUGCUCUACUUUGUGCCACCGUGGGGACAUGGUCUCCGACAGAUGGACAUCGACUUGAUGCGGCGGAUGCACAAGAAGGUCAACAUCGUGAUAGUGAUCGGCAAAGCGGAUACGCUAACGACGACCGAAGUGCAGAAGCUCAAGACCCGGGUCCUAGAGGACAUCGAAUCAAACGGUAUUCAGACAUACCAGUUUCCCGACUGUGAUUCCGACGAAGACGAGGACUUCAAACAGCAGGAUCGUGAACUGAAGGCAAGCAUUCCAUUCGCGGUGGUCGGGAGCAACAUUGUGCUUGAAGUCGCUGGCAAAAAGAUCCGAGGGCGGCAGUAUCCUUGGGGUGUUGUGGACGCGGAGAAUCCACAGCACAGUGACCUCAUCAAACUGCGGACGAUGCUCAUUUCGACGCAUAUGCAGGAUCUGAAGGACACCACCCGGGAUGUGCAUUACGAGAACUUCCGUGCCCAGUGCAUUUCGCAGAUUUCGCAGCACGCUCUGCGGGAGCGCAACAAACUGAAACGGGAAUCUAUCGCUUCCAGUCAUGAAUCCAGUAGCUUUAACGAGACCGAUCGGUUGCUGCAACAGAAGGAGGAAGAGAUCCGAAGAAUGCAGGACAUGCUAGCGCAGAUGCAGGAGAAGCUAAAAUCUACUCAAAUAAGCGACACCGUAAUCGACGUUUAGAAGAGCAACACAUUCAAGCAGCAUUGAAACACGCGCAAUUUUUAGGUGGAAUUUUUCGUUAUACAUUAAGGCCUCUCCCUCAUCGAACGCUCAUACAUGAUCAAACGAAACCAGUGUCGAACAUCGUAACUCAUUCCCUGACAUUCAUCUCAUCACCCGCAAACAUACCACUUAAUCGAUGUCUAAUGUAAUUGUAGCGAAAAUGUACUCAAUCUCCACUAAAUGAUAAACAGGACUCCUAUACCUAUUAUACUAGUAAUAAUAAUCGAGAACAUGACCAAAGAACACAAUCAACCUUGAACAAUAGACGACAGUUAACUCUCAAACUCGGAUACGAACGAACCACCAAAACGUACAGACGGAAGAAAAAUCGUGCAAUAAGAAGGUUUAAGACAAGACGCAGGAGCGUGGAGCAGUCAAACUUGAGAGUCGACGAUUAUUCGGCGAAAAAAAAAGAAUUGUUUCAAACAAUCGGUUCAAAUUGUUACUUCUUUUGUAGAGCAUCCGCUAUAUUUUAUACUUAUAUAGGAAAUAUUCGAGAGUGCAAGCAGAGAGGGACAAACGAAUCAACAACCAGUGGAAUUCUAGAAGCUAUAUUUAUACUUGUUUGCUCUUACAAAUGUUUAUUUCUACAAAACUAAAAUCUAGGUUUAAUCAUUCAGAACGAUAUUUAUUUUUGUAAAGGGUGAAAUCAGUUCGCACUAGCUUAUGAUCUAUUUAUUUAAUCGCAGCAAUCCAGUCUCCGGAACUCACUUGAUAAAAACAAAACAAAAAUCGAGGUUAACCUUAUUAUUAUUGAGAUGUAGCGUAGCAUUUCGAUACCUUUCCUAAAGUUCGAAAUCUCAUCUCGGGGUCAUAGGAAAAAGCAAAAAAAAAACGACAAAUUACAGUGCAACCACCAUAAGUAUUGCUAGAAUGUCUAUAGAUAUUUCAAUAAAGUUUAAUUUUAAAAUUGGAA